AUGGAUAAAAUUGAAUCAUUUUUAGAAUCUUAAAAUUAAACUGAAAAUGUUACAUAUAAUCCCAAUAGAUCUGAAUCCUAAAAUAUUGUUAAUCUCAAAUUAUUGACUCAAAAAUAAACUGAUAAUAUAACCUUUUUAGAAGAUAUUAAAGUCAGUGGUUAUAGUUAAAAUGAAAACAUGACUAAAAAAACACUUUCAUUAAGAUAAAUAAUUGAAAAUGCUUAAAAUAUUGAUUUUGAAUGCAAUUAUUAUAAAUUUAAAAUUUUAGGACCUAAUUAAGAAAAACUUAGAUAUUACUUAAAAUUCUCAUAAACAAUCCAAAAAAAUUAAACAUUAUAUAUAUUUUCUUUUUAAGUAUUUUCAUUUUUAAUAUAUAUUUUAGUUAAUUAAUGAAAAUUAUGGUGAUUUUAAAAAAGAUUAAAAGUUUAGAAAUAAUCUUAUAAGUUCAUUUAGCCAUAAAUUGAAAACUCCUUUACAUGCUGUCAUCACUUAUUUAGAAAUCUGUCUAAAUGAUUAAAAUUUAACCAAAUAAUUUAUAGAUACUUUUAUUAAACCUUGUUAUUGGAAUUCAAAGAUAUUGCUUUAUACUAUCUAAGAUAUUUUAGAUUAUGUUUCUUAUUAUUCAUAUUAAAGGCAAAAUUUGAAUGUAAAAACCAUAAAUGUAAUGAAAUUAAUAUCAGAAAUUAAAGACUUAAUUAUCACUUAAUGUAGUUAGAAGAGUAUAUAAUUUAGGAUCAAUUAUAAUAAUGAAGAUUUUGAUAAGAUUUUGGAGUCCAAACAGGAUAUGUAAUAUUUAAAAUGAUUAUUACAGAUUUUGCUUUAUUUAGUCAGACCUCAAUAAAUUGAUGAGAAUCUUAGUGAACCUAUUAAAUAAUGCUUAUAGAUUUACGCCAUAAGGAGGAUUUAUAGAAUUAGAUGUAGAGGAAGUAAAACAUGGAGAUUCUAGAUUAAUUUAAUUUAUUAUCUCUGAUAGUGGUGUUGGUUUAAGUUAAUAAGCUCAAGAUGAAAUUGCUAAAUAGAUGUAAAUGCAUCAUUAAUAACAAUAAUUUAGAUCAAGAAAAGUAUAUUAUGAAAUAAAAUAUAUUAGCAAAGCCAAUUAUAAACUUAAUCAGUAGAUAAAGGAAAAUGUUAAUAAAAUUAAAAUUAAAAAAAUGAAGUAUUAGGAAUAAGUUUGAAAAUUACUACUAAAUUAAUAUACUAAUUAAAUGGAUAAUGUCCAUUCAAAAUAGAGAGCUUACCUGGAUAAGGUUCUAAGUUUUCAUUCACUAUAGGAGAUUUAGAUUUACCAAGUGGUUUACAUCCAUAAUCUACAAGAAGAAUAAGAAAUAUAUCAAUGAGAUCUAAUAAUAUGAUAGUUGAUUUCCUCACUUUAUAAUCAGAAGCUAAUUGUGUAGUUGAAGAUGAAAAAAUAGUUGUUGGUCAAAUUAAAAAAUUAGAUCAUGUUAAACCAAGCAUGUUAAAAAGUCUAAACAAUAAUUAUUUUCGUUAAAAUACUAGAGUUACUCAAAGAAAUACUAAAUUAAUUCAAGGAUAAUCAUAAUUUCGAUAAACAUAGAAAAGGAGUAAAUAAAAUUUAGUAGAAGAAUCUGGAGCAAUAGUUGUUGUUGAUGAUGAGCCUUUUAAUCAUAUUUCUUUAGAGAUGGUUCUAAAAAGUUUAGGAUAUCAUAGAAUUAUACAUUGUUAUAAUGGUUAAGAGAUUGUAGAUUUUGUAAAGAGAUAAAAAAAUAUCAAAAUAAGAACAAUUUUAAUGGAUGUUGAUAUGCCUGUUAUGGAUGGCAUAACUGCAACUUCAAUUCUUUCUAAUUUAAUUGAUUAAGAAAAAAUAAAUCCAUUUUAAAUUAUUGCAUGUACUGCUCAUGAAGAUGAAGAGACUAAAUAAUUAUGUUAUGAAGCUGGAGUUGAAUAAAUUGUUGUUAAACCAGUGUUCUCUUCGAUUCUUAAAGAUGCACUAUAAAUCUAACAUUGA